AUGCAGAACACAUUCGAACAUCAUAAAACCGAAAUCAAGCAUCUGUUCUUCUCGGAACAUUUGACUAUGUCUGCAAUUCAAGAAAUCAUGAGGAAGAAAUACGACUUCAACGCAUCAAUAUCGGCAUACAAGACUAAGCUUGCUGAGUGGAAUAUGUUUAUCCCACUCUCAAACAGUACCAAAAUUAUGAAGAAUCGACUUCUUUUGGGUAACAGAAAACGACCCGAGCGCAUGUACAACGUCUCAAGGUCUACUCCACGCUCUGUUCCCUUGACACCUCCGUUAAGCCCUCUGGCAUUGAAGCAUCAAAAUGGGAAUGCUCGCACCAAGCAAGAACGGGUCGCUCCUUGUUCAAUAUCUUUAGUCGUCCACUCGGGCGAGGAGUCGAGGGAGUCGUUCUAUCAAGAGGAAUACAUCGUCAUCCUCGCAGAACUUCGCGGAAGACUUGGAGCUGCACUUGGCCGAGAAUCGGGUUGA